AAUUAAGAACUAGAAAAAUCUGAUAAGAGGAACUUUAUGAAUUUGUCCUUAGAAUUGGGUAACAUUGUUGUAUAAGAGGGAGCAGGCAAAAAUCCCAUGUUUUUUGGAAAAUUUUCAGGAAAACAAAGUGGGAGGGAGGUCUGGUUGUUUUUGGAGCUGAAUACUUAUUAAGAACUUGAUGGAAGUGAAGCACAAAGAAUAUGGAAGGCAUUGCAAUGAUUUGAUUUCUUCAAGGUAUAAUUUUCUAGCUGUAUGUAGGGUUUGUAAAUUCUAUUUAUACACACCUUGUUUGUACAAAUUAAGUGGCUUCAUUUUAUUGGAGCCUAGAUGCGAGCUACGCAUCUCCAGAUUCUGCACCUGAUAAUUUCUCCGAAAAAAGAUGAGUUACCUUGCAGAAACUGCUGCUCUAACUCAUUUGAAAAUGAAACUAACACUAAUUUGCAGCGUUUGGAUUUGGGAAGAUUUCAAGCACAUUAUAGACUCGACUUUUAUUAUGAGAAGUUGCUCAGGAAAUUUGAACAACAUAACAAUCUAAAGAAACUGAGGAUAAAUGUUUACAUGGGUACCAGGUCUUCAAUAUCUAGCAUUUCUUGAGAACAUGGAUUAUCUGCGUUCUUACCUUCUUAGUCUUUCUUCUUUCUACAGAGAUCACGGUCAUAUGGGUUUCAUUUACUCAAGUUUUAGAUCAAAUAAGUCGAGCCUUUGGGAAAGAAUAAAAGGAAAAUUUCUCACCCCCUUCUGCUAUAUGUAUAUUAUUUAUGGCAGGAACUCAAUGGCAGGAAAUAUGGCCAUCACAUCUCUUCUACUUCGUCUAUUUUAAGCAGGAUGCGAUCUCAUAUGCUUGAAAAAAAAAGUAGAGCAUGAGCCACGCAACUUCUAUUUUUCCUCUUAAUCGGUAAGGCGUUCAUCUGAAAUGUUUUCUUUUUCAGAUCAGUCGCUGCCUCCUUAUUGAGAAAUUUGUUUUGUCUGUUGUUGUUGUUCUUUUUAUUUAUUUAUUUAUUUAUAAGAGAGGGCUAUGAUGAGGCAUAUGGCCCUAGGGGAUCUUUGUAAUGCACUUAUUGAAAUAUUCAAAGCAUCGAGAAGCCUACGCUUAUUAUUAUACAUAAGGGCUCCAAAAGACUUGGAAAUAAUACUCGAAGAGAUUGGAAAUUUGAUACAUAUUCGAUGCUUAAACAUUGAUGGUUAUAAUUUGACUAUGCUGCAAAGAUCCCUAUGCAAUCUCUAUCACUUGCAAUGCAUAAUAUAUUAGAUCCGAGGGGUGCCAAGUCAAUCUAAAGUUGAUGAUUUUUUUACCGAGUGGCAUUAAUAACCUUUCUAACGUGCGAUAUGUGAAAUUGCCCGAGGAUUAUAUUUCAUUGAUAUGUUGGAUUGGGAAGCUAAAGUCUCUUCGAGAAUUGAAUAUGUUUGAUAUUAGAGAUGCGAGUGGUUAUAGAAUUGGAGAGCUGGAGAGUAUGAAUGAUCUUCACAUUUUAGGAAUCUACAACCUUGAAAAUGUGAUGGAUGUUGAGGAGGCUUGUAGUGCCAAAUUAUGUCCCAAGAGGAGGCUCACAUAUUUAAUCUUAUGUUGGAGUAACACCGAUUCGAGGAACAUUGAUUUAGAUGAGGACGUGCUCGACAACUUUCAGCCGCAAAAAUGUGUAAGGAAUCUGAGCAUAAAGAGAUACAUGGGUGCAAGGUCUGCAAUAUGGAUGAACAAUGUCAAUCUGAUCUCCAAUCUCGAGAAAAUCGAAUUGAAAGAUUGCAUUGAGUGGGAAACUCUUCCUCCUUUCGGGCAACUUCCUUUCUUUAAGUCUCUAAAACUUUUUAACAAGCUGAAAUUAAAAUGGCUCGAAGGUAAAUUUAAUGGGAAUGAUAAAUACCAUGCCUUUCCAUUGCUAGAGGUGCUACAUAUUACGAAAGUAAAAGCAUUAGAGGAUUGGUUUGAGGCAGGAGUAGCUGCUGAAGAAGAUGGAUGUUUCUUUCCUUGCUUAAUUAACUGGUGCUACCGAACUUCCGGAAGUUGAAAGAGUUGCCCUCUUUGCCUUCUAAGCUCAAGAGCUUGGAGAUAGAAGGAAUUGGGUGGACGACUUUGAAUUUUUGUAGCAAUUCAAAUUCAAAUUCUAUUCCCCUUGAAACAGUAGCGGUCAUUCACUGUCCAAACAUCAUCUCUCUUCUUCUGCCUGAUGAAAUAGAAUUUGAAAGCUGUUUGUUUUAAAAUUCAAAGUUGAAAUAGAAUUCUGGUUCCUGGUUCUUCGUUCUUCGUGUAGGCUCUUUGUUUUAUGUUGGGUUCUUCCCUGCGGCAUGCAUCUCUCUGUUCUAUUUUUGAAUUUGACGACUGGGGGGCAAUGAUGAAUGGGUUGCAUUCCUUAUCCCCUAGGAUGGCGGUUUUUAUGCAACUUCUAUUGGAUGGCAAUUCCGCAACCGGGGGACAUUUUAAGGCUACCUGGAUGCAACCUCUAGCUUACCUGAGCCCUAUUCUUCAGUCUUCGUGUGGUUGAUCUCUCACUGCAUUAACAGGCUGUUUUUUUUUCUUUUUUGAUCACUUUUUGACAUGUGUAUCUUUAUUUUUGCUCCAAUUUGGUGAGCAUUUUUAGCCUCUUGUAGUGGCUCCACCCCACAAUUUUGCCUUUCUUUUCUCUUCUUUCUUACACGUGUAACUAGCCUUUUAGCAUCAAUAAUAAUUGGGC